CAAAGUGUCGCAGCCAAAUUUCCUUACACGACUGUUCCAGCUGAUUUAGAAGACUGUGCUUCUAAAGCUGAAUAUAAAGAUAAGGAUGGUCAUGAGAUUCAUGCUGCUGCAAAAAAUGGAAACAUUGAGAUUAUAGAGUUACUGCUGUCUCAACGAUUUGAGGUUGAUUCAAGUGACGAGGAAGGUUACACUCCACUGAUGUAUACAGCUCUUAAUGGCCAUGAAGGUGCUUUUCAGAUGCUGAUACAAAACGGUGCUGAUCCAUCUUUGAAACACAACAAUGGUUCCAGUUUGCUUCACUUUGCUGUACAAGGUAGAAAUACAUCCAUUAUCAACAAGCUGAUAUCACCUGGUCUUGACAUUGAUUCAAGGACUAAUAAUAGUGUCACUCCACUGAUGGUUGCAGCUGAUCAAGACAUACAAAAGGCCUUUGAGAUGUUGAUACAAAACGGUGCUGAUCCAUCUUUGAAAAUCGACAAUGGUUGCAGUUUGCUCCACUUUGCUGCAAAUGGUGGAAAUACAUCCAUUAUCAACAAGCUGUUAUCACUUGGUCUUGACAUUAAUUCAAGGACUAAUAGUGGUCUCACUCCACUGAUGGUUGCAGCUGAUCACGACAAACAAAAUGCUUUUGAGAUGUUGAUACAAAACGGUGCUGAUCCAUCUUUGAAACACAACAAUGGUUCCAGUUUGCUUCACUUUGCUGUACAAGGUAGAAAUACAUCCAUUAUCAACAAACUGAUAUCACUUGGUCUUGACAUUGAUUCAAGGACUAAUAAUAGUGUCACUCCACUGAUGGUUGCAGCUGAUCAAGACAUACAAAAUGCCUUUGAGAUGUUGAUACAAAACGGUGCUGAUCCAUCUUUGAAAAUCGACGAUGGUUACAGUUUGCUCCACUUUGCUGCACAUGUUGGAAAUACAUCCAUUAUCAACAAGCUGUUAUCACUUGGUCUUGACAUUAAUUCAAGGACUAAUAGUGGUCUCACUCCACUGAUGGUUGCAGCUGAUGAAGACAAACAAAAUGCUUUUGAGAUGUUGAUACAAAACGGUGCUGAUCCAUCUUUGAAACACAACAAUGGUUCCAGUUUGCUUCACUUUGCUGUACAAGGUAGAAAUACAUCCAUUAUCAACAAGCUGAUAUCACCUGGUCUUGACAUUGAUUCAAGGACUAAUAAUAGUGUCACUCCACUGAUGGUUGCAGCUGAUCAAGACAUACAAAAUGCCUUUGAGAUGUUGAUACAAAACGGUACUGAUCCAUCUUUGAGAGACAAGAAAGGGUGCAGUUUGCUCCACUUUGCUGCAAAAGGUGGAAAUACAUCCAUUAUCAACAAGCUGAUAUCACUUGGUCUUGACAUUGAUUCACGGACUAAUAGUGGUCUCACUCCACUCAUGCUUGCAGCUGAUCAAGACAAACAAAAUGCUUUUGAGAUGUUGAUACAAAACGGUGCUGAUCCAUCUUUGAAAGACAACAAUGGUUACAGUUUGCUUCACUUUGCUGUACAAGGUAGAAAUACAUCCAUUAUCAACAAGCUGAUAUCACUUGGUCUUGACAUUGAUUCAAGGACUAAUAAUAGUGUCACUCCACUGAUGGCUGCAGCUGAUCAAGACAUACAAAAUGCCUUUGAGAUGUUGAUACAAAACGGUGCUGAUCCAUCUUUGAAAAUCGACAAUGGUUACAGUUUGCUCCACUUUGCUGCACGGGGUGGAAAUACAUCUAUUAUCAACAAGCUGAUAUCACUUGGUCUUGACAUUGAUUCAAGGACUAAUAAUAGUGUCACUCCACUGAUGGUUGCAGCUGAUCAAGACAAACAAAAUGCUUUUGAGAUGUUGAUACAAAACGGUGCUGAUCCAUCUUUGAAAGACAACAAUGGUUACAGUUUGCUUCACUUUGCUGCACGGGGUGGAAAUACAUCUAUUAUCAACAAGCUGAUAUCACUUGGUCUUGACAUUGAUUCAAGGACUAAUAAUAGUGUCACUCCACUGAUGGUUGCAGCUGAUCAAGACAAACAAAAUGCUUUUGAGAUGUUGAUACAAAACGGUGCUGAUCCAUCUUUGAAAAUCGACGAUGGUUACAGUUUGCUCCACUUUGCUGCACAUGUUGGAAAUACAUCCAUUAUCAACAAGCUGUUAUCACUUGGUCUUGACAUUAAUUCAAGGACUAAUAGUGGUCUCACUCCACUGAUGGUUGCAGCUGAUGAAGACAAACAAAAUGCCUUUGAGAUGUUGAUACAAAACGGUGCUGAUCCAUCUUUGAAAAUCGACAAUGGUUACAGUUUGCUCCACUUUGCUGCACAGGGUGGAAAUACAUCUAUUAUCAACAAGCUGAUAUCACUUGGUCUUGACAUUGAUUCAAGGACUAAUAAUAGUGUCACUCCACUGAUGGUUGCAGCUGAUCAAGACAAACAAAAUGCCUUUGAGAUGUUGUUACAAAACGGUGCUGAUCCAUCUUUGAAAAUCGACGAUGGUUACAGUUUGCUCCACUUUGCUGCACAUGGUGGAAAUACAUCCAUUAUCAACAAGCUGUUAUCACUUGGUCUUGACAUUAAUUCAAGGACUAAUAGUGGUCUCACUCCACUGAUGGUUGCAGCUGAUGAAGACAAACAAAAUGCCUUUGAGAUGUUGAUACAAAACGGUGCUGAUCCAUCUUUGAAAAUCGACAAUGGUUACAGUUUGCUCCACUUUGCUGCACAGGGUGGAAAUACAUCUAUUAUCAACAAGCUGAUAUCACUUGGUCUUGACAUUGAUUUAAAAGACCUCUAUGGUAAAACGCCGCUGAUCAUUGCAACAGAGAAUAACAAUUCUGAUGCUGUAAAGUUAUUACUAUCGAAGGGUGUUCAUAAAUGA